AACACUGAUGACUCGGCAAAAGCUGCAUUUCACAAUCUGCUUAGCUUGCUGAAAUUUGUGAAAUGCCCUAGCAUACUACAUUGGAGUACCAGGAUCAGGACAAUAACAUGUGAAUAUUUAGCUACUGGGACUUUGGGUGAAAUUAAGAGGAACACUCUGAAUUUAUUUAAAGGGAACUACAUAAAUACAGAAAGAAUAUAAAGGAACUGCAAGCCAUGAAAACCUUCAUUGUUGGAAUUGGUGGAGUGACAAAUGGUGGAAAAACUCUACUUGCCAAUGAACUUCAAAAAGACCUUUCUAACUGCAGCAAAAUCAGCCAGGAUGACUACUUCAAGCCUGAUGCAGAAGUUGCAACAACUGAAAGAGGAUUCAAGCGAUAUGAUGAACUUGAGGCCUUGGAAAUGGAAAAAAUGAUGUCAACUGUUCAGUCGUGGAUAUCUCAGCAUAACAAAUGUGCCUCCUCAGAAGAUAAAUUAAAUAUAGUGCAAGAAAGAUGCGAAAACACUGUGCACUUUUUAGUAGUUGAAGGUUUCCUCCUGUAUCACUAUGAGCCAUUGGACAAUGUAUUUGAUAGAAGAUAUUUUCUAACUGUUCCCUUUGAAGAAUGCAAAAGGCGAAGGAGUUCACGGGUUUAUCAGCCUCCAGAUCCUCCAGGAUAUUUUGAUGGUUAUGUGUGGCCUAUGUACUUGAAGCACAAGAAAGAAAUGGACAAAGUUCAAAAGGACAUAGUUUUUAUAGAUGGUACCAAGCCUCAAGAAGAGAUUCUAUGUUUUGUUUAUAAUGAUAUAAAACAAGCUGCUCAGCAACUUGCAUCUUAAUAAAGAGAUGGAAGAUGCAAAUUUGAACAACGGCACACAAAAGAAAA